UUAAGGGAUCAAAUUGAUGCGAGUGAGAAAACGUCCCGCUCUUAAGAAAGGAAAGACAGCGAGAAAACAAAUCCAAUCCUUUUAUCUCAAAAGCGAAAGGAAAUCAUCUCCUUCUACCUGACUGUGAAUUUUGAUGAAUUUAAGUUGAGCUUGAAGAUGCAUCCAUCAAACUUGCUGGAUUUCAACUGUCACAAUUCGAUUUCACUUGAGGAAAAAAUAUAAUUGUCGAUGGAGGGAGAUGCCAGUAGCUGUCAGACAGAAUGCCUUUCAGGUUGGAUCCAUUCCCAUAAUAAGUGAGCGACUGUUUCAUUGAUUAUGGCAGCAUACUGAUGGAACAUUGCAAUAGCUUUCAUUAUAAAUGUCCCUUCAUUUCAAGAUUUGUUUAGUUUUAUACUUCGGAUACUCGAGAAGCUAAAAAUAUUGUCGUCCAUAAACGUCGAAAACACUUUGGAAAAGCACAAUGUAUCGGGUUUCUCAUCGCUUGGACUCUCAUCGACGUCUGCACUUCUUGAUGAAAUAGAGGGUCGUUACCGGGUUAUUUAAAGUGGAGGAGAAGCACGAAACAAGAACUCGAUUACAAUUUAUGGUCUAUUGCUACUUUUUGAGUGCAACCUUAAAAGCUUUUUGAAAAGCGUUCACGAAUCGUCGGUUAUUUUCAAUGCGCAAGCAUCGCAUCGUCUACAUAUUCUACUUGACACUUUCAUUUGGUUUCUUCCAUUUUGAUUAGAAGGCUAUCCAUCGCAGGAUGGAAGGGAUCGAUCCACUGAUGUAUUCGUUCCAUGGAGAAUUAAAAAACAAGAGUCUUGACUACCUUCUUGCCCUUCUUAACCGGACUGAUACAAAAGAUUUCUUGGAUUUCUAUGACUAUGAUUUCCACUCCAUCGCACAUGAUCUAUCACCCACAGCUGAUAUCAUCUUAAUCACCUGCUACACCCUUAUAUUCGUGCUUGCUUUGGGCGGGAAUCUUCUGGUGAUCUUCGUGGUGGCGCGCAAGAAGUACAUGCAGACAGCCAUCAAUAUCUUCUUUGCUUCGCUAGCCAUAUCUGAUCUUCUUAUCGCUGUCUUCUGCGUCCCUUUCACGCUAAUUGAAGCCAUCACCGUGGAUUGGGUGUUAGGGCCAUUCAUGUGCAAGGCUCUCAACUAUGUCACAUCUGUUGGGGUUGUCUCAAGUAUCCUUGCCAUGAUGUCCAUUGCUGUAGAGCGCCACCAAGCGAUCUGCCAUCCUCUGCGCUCCAGGGUGAUCCAGACACCUCGUCGUGCUGUCUUUCUUCUUACCUUCCUAUGGAUCAUGUCUAUGACCUUUGUCUCUCCAUUCCUCUUCGUGCUUCAACUCGAGAUCAAGAUCGACCCCAUGACCGCGACACGGUACCGAUUCUGCGUAGAACACUGGUACAAUCCCCAGCAGCAGAAGAACUACACCCUGCUACUAGUCCUUCUCCUUUACAUCACUCCAUUGUUCAUCAUGGUAGUUCUGUACAUGCAGGUUGUCCACAAACUCUGGAUCCGGAAACCCAUCGCCCCUGCUGAUUCGGUGGUGACGCAGAAUCCAGGAAUCAACACAGCUACAUCUCUCCGGUACAAGAAACGAGCUAUCAAGAUGAUUCUCAUGGUAGUCGGUCUCUUCACUGUCUGUUGGCUUCCGUAUCACGUCGUCCUUCUCAUGCGGGAGUUCUCCUUUAUGGCGGACGGUGAAAGGAACCGACUUCUGUUCGCCGCUGUUCAGUUGGUGGGUCUAAGCAAUAGCUGUAACAAUCCCAUCGUAUACGCGUUCCUCAAUGACAACUUCAAGCGCAACUUUGUGAAGGUACUUUUUCGUCAUCGAAGAGUGGUCAGAGCAAAGGGCUCUUCAAAUAAUAACGUCAAUGUGAAACCAUUAGCAAUGGUCACCAUAUGACAAUUUCUAAAACUGCCCACAAUUUUUUGUAUUGAAUGAAUGAUUCUCUAAAGAAUAACAGUGUUUUCAAAAAGCAGUUCCAACUUCUGAAUUUUACCAGAGGAAUGCUUUCUUUGAAUAUUAUUCACUCAUCGACUAUACAUGCAUUGUUACGUAACUAAAACAGGUAGGGACUGGGUAAACACACGCACGUAUUUGGAUAAAAACAUAUGCACCCAUAUUUCAGAGAAUAUGAGCCAAUAUUAAUAAGAACAAUGUUUUUUUAUAAUCCCCAUUUCAACCUUGACUCUAAUACUAAUCAUGUUAUUUAUAAUCGAUAUAGUUUAUGCUUUGUUAUGUAAAUUGAAAUUCAUAUCCGAUGUAGUAAAUAUUGUCAUAAUUGUGGGAUCUUGGAGGUGAUCAGAAAAUUUUCGUCGAUACCUUUUUCCAUCCAUCUCUUGUUUCGCUGCGUAUUUAUGUGUCCAUCGCUCAAUUAAAUCUGACCAUUUGUAAUCUCUGUAAUAUGUUACUAAGAUUAUUCUGAUUCCACAAAUUAAAUCUAUCCUACGUUUACUGGUUAUGAACCAAAUAACUGUCUCCAUCAAAUGUCAUGUUUAAAAGAAUUUUACUUAAAACUUACGAAAUAGUGUAUGAUCAUGCGGUACGGCAAUCCGUCACGAGAUACGGCAUGGCGUGCCGUUUUCACGUUUCCACUGCCCCACGGCACGGCACAAAAUGCCGAGCUCGGAUGCCAUCCGGCAGGCAAAAACCGUCCUAUGUACCCAUAAAAACCCAAAGCAAAGUAGCCUAUAUAUAUAUAU